UGGUGACCAGGAGGGGACUUUUCUCCCGUGCCCUCUCCUUGGAAACUCAAUAGGCCACAGCGUGCGCGGCCGGCACUCCGUAGAGUGCUUCGCCCGUUGUGAAGAGAACGGGAGGGGACCCCGUCCCUGCGCAGCCCAGGCACCGACCGUGCAGACGGAGCGAGGGUGGCAGCGCUCUCUUCAGCGACGCGCCCUGGAGCCCCCGCCCGCCCCUACGAACAAGCAGGCAGGUGCGGGCACCCGCAGGGGCAGGGCGUGCUCCCUGGCCGCGCCUCCCGGAGCGGACGCCCCCCAACCCGCCACGGGUCGCCCGCGCGGCAGACCGCACCCCCGAAGUCUGCAAGCCCAGCUCCGCGCCCUGGACGCUCGCGCAUGCGCGCCGAAGCACAGCUGCUGUUUGGCUGUUUCCAUGGCUACGAAGAGCGUUGACCAGGGGUCUGGGAAGGAGAAAAUGAAGCUCAAGGGCCUCCUACUCCGGUAUUAUCCGCCAGGAAUUAUGUUGGAAUAUGAAAAGGGUGGAGAAUUGAGGACCAAAUCCAUAGAUUUGCUCAACCUCAGUUCCAGCACUGAUGUCAAUGCCUUAGUAGAAGAAAUACAAAAAGCAGAGCCUCUAAUCACAGCUUCACGAUCAGAUCAAGUAAAGCUUUUAAUACAGAGGUUACAAGAUAAACUCAGACAGCACAGCAACCACAAAUUUUAUCUUUUUAAGGUUCUCAGAGCACAUAUACUGCCAUUGACUAAUGUUGCACUUAAUAAAUCAGGCUCAUGCUUUAUCACAGGAAGCUAUGAUCGGACAUGUAAAGUCUGGGACACUGCAUCUGGAGAGGAACUUCACACCCUGGAGGGCCAUAGGAAUGUAGUCUAUGCCAUAGCAUUCAACAAUCCAUACGGUGACAAAAUUGCCACUGGGUCCUUCGAUAAGACUUGUAAGCUAUGGAGUGUAGAAACAGGAAAAUGUUACCAUACCUUUAGGGGUCACACAGCAGAAAUAGUGUGUUUAUCCUUCAAUCCUCAAAGCACACUCGUGGCCACUGGGAGUAUGGACACAACAGCCAAACUGUGGGACAUCCAGAAUGGAGAGGAGGUGUUCACUUUAACGGGACAUUCCGCUGAAAUCAUCUCUUUGUCCUUUAAUACCUCAGGAAAGAGAAUCAUUACGGGAUCUUUUGAUCAUACUGUUGCAGUGUGGGAAGCUGAUACUGGAAGGAAGGUGUAUACCUUAAUUGGGCAUUGUGCUGAGAUUAGCAGUGCUUUAUUCAACUGGGAUUGCUCUCUGAUAUUAACUGGCUCUAUGGACAAAACCUGCAUGCUGUGGGAUGCCACAAAUGGAAAAUGUGUGGCAACACUAACAGGCCAUGAUGAUGAAAUUCUAGACAGCUGUUUCGAUUACACUGGAAAACUUAUUGCAACUGCUUCAGCCGAUGGAACAGCAAGAGUUUUCAGUGCAGCCACAAGAAAAUGCAUUACCAAAUUGGAAGGCCAUGAAGGAGAAAUUUCAAAGAUUUCUUUCAACCCCCAGGGGAAUCAUAUUCUGACUGGCAGCGCUGACAAAACAGCGAGAAUCUGGGAUGCUCAGACUGGUCAGUGCGUCCAGGUCCUUGAGGGGCACACAGAUGAGAUCUUUUCAUGUGCUUUCAACUACAAAGGCAACAUAAUCAUUACAGGUAGCAAGGAUAACACAUGUAGGAUAUGGCGCUGACUGAAGAAAAAAGGCAGUUGAUGAGCAGAUUUGCUAGCAAUGGAGUUCAAGACCUGGAGCUUCACAUAGUGCAAGCAAGCUGUUUUUUAUAUUUCACAUUUUCUCUCUUUCCAAAAGUCAGCUUCAUGGAUAUGACUAUUAAAACUGAUAAAUUUAUACCAUUUCUUGAUAUUAUUUGAUGGGAAGGACAAGAAAGAGCAUAAUGUCUGGCAAAUGUCACUGGUCAUUUCAAUUUUGUUUUUGUUUUUAGUAGCAUCAUGAUAGUGAAUAAGGAAGCCAAAGUGAUUUAACAGUGUGUCUCCUAGAUUCUACUCUGAAGGCCAUUAUAAUUUCUGUUGACUAAAGUUUUGGGAAGCAGUUUUUAGUGAAUCGUACAUCUGUAUUUAUGACGUACGCUUCCCUUUUCUUGGGAUGAGAACUUUAAGUCUAUUCUCGUAGCAACUUUCAAAUAUACGAUCCAGUAUGAUUAACUAGAGUCAUGAUGGGGUCCAUGGCAUGCUCAAGAUUUAUUUAUUUUUUAACUCUGAGUUUGUACAUUUUCGUAGCCUUCACCCUCUUUACCCAUCCUUCCAAUACCCUGCUUCUGGCAACCACAAACCACCGAUCUGUUCUCUGUAUCUAUGAAUUCAGUGUUUUUUUUUUUUUUUUCUGUUUUGUUUUUCUUUUUAGGUUCUGCAUAUGAGUGAGAAACUACAGUACCUGUGUUUCUCUGUCUAACUUAUUUUGCUUUUCAGAAUGCCCUCAAGGUCCAUCUAUGUUGUUGCAAUUAGCAAGAUUUCCUUCUUUUCUAUAGCUGAGUAAUAUUCCAUUGUAUUUAUAUACCACAUUGUUCUUAUCCAUUCAUCCAUCAGUGGACGCUUAGGUUGUUUCCAUAUCUCAGCUAUUGUAAAUAAUGUUGCAAUGAACAUGCGGGCACUUACAUCUUUUCCGGUUAGUGUUUUCAUUUUCUUUGGGAAAUACCCAGAAGUGGAAUUGCUGAAUCAUAUGGCAGUUCUAUUUUCAACUUUUUGAGGAAACUCCAUGCUGUACCGUGGCUGUGCCAGUCUGGAAUCUGACUAGAAAUUGUGUUACUUCUUUAGUGGUUUUACUUUCUGCACCUAAGAAUGAAAAAGGCAAAAUUGGAAGCCUAAUCUUUCCUCAUACUCACAAGUAUAUCUAUACCUCCUUCCCUCAGAAAAAAGUUGACAACCUACACUGAGUAAAAUGAGGGUGGCAUAUAGGGAAAGCAAAAUGAAUGUCACUUACUAGGAAAUAUAUUCUGAAUUCAUCGUGGGUAUCAAAUAUAUGGGCAGGUUUUUCUCUAAAAGAAAAGUUAAACAGAAUAGACCUUUGAAUUAUUGAAUUAAAAAAUUUGGAUAGGAGACAAUUGAGGUACCAGAGUAAAUCACCAAACAUCAACCCACUUGCUGCUGAAAUACUGAAAACUAUUUUUUAAAGGCUUUUCUAUGUAAAAAUGCUCUAAUGCCUAUUAAAAAUUAUUAUUAAAAGAUAAAGCACACACACAAAAAAGAUAAAGCACAAGAUAAAACUAGUGAUGCCUGAACCCAGAACUAGAGAAUGCGUGAGGAUCUUCUGGAGUCUUUUUCUCAAUAAUAACAAUUGCAGUCAGGUGGCUGAGCAUGUGCUGCCUGCCAGAUACCGCCCACCCACUCCAUGUAGAUCAUCCAUGCAACCCUCGCAGCAAAUGUUUCUGAGCAGGUAACUGUCCUGAUCAGAAAAUGAGGUGGUGAAUCACAUUGAAGGGAAAUAAUCUACCAAAGACACCACAUGUUAGGGAUUCUGAUUCCAUUACAUUCUCAUGGGUGGAGAGUAUCAUACGUACCGGUAGGAAGGUCAGGGCUGAGAAUUACCCUUCAGAUCAUCAAUGGAUGUCUAGCACCCAAGAAGGAAAAUAAAACAAAAGCAAAGCAAAACAAAAACAAAACAAAAAACAAAACUUCAGUGCAGCUGCUGGAAGGAAGACACUCAGAGAUGGCAAAGCCCAAGAGAGCUUGGAUUAGAGAAACCUGGGCCAAAAUUUAGCUACUUCUUAGGAAACCAAGAAGCUGAUAUUGACUCUUCCUCUUUGAUGGUUUGAUGGCUUUAGGAAAGGUGGCAAUACUAUUUUGUUACAUGGUUCAAUAGAACGAAUAUAUGGUCAUGGAGCUCAUUCUAAACCUCAUUGACCUAUUAAGCUGUUGGAAGACCCUCAGUCAGAGAAAGUUUCUCUAAUUUUUUUAAGCUUCCUCUAAUUCUCAUGAAGAAAUCUUUCUUUAUAGAAUACUUAUUAAGGUUUCCAGUAGGGUUUUUUUGUUUUUGUUUUUGUUUUUUUUUUUUUUUUUGAGAGAGAGAGAGAAAGAGCAUGCACACACAUGCACGAGCUGGUGGGAGAGGCAGAGGGAGAGAGAAUCUUAAGCAGCCUUCAUGCUUGGUGUGGAUCCCAUGUGGGACUCGAUCUCAUGAACCUGAGAUCAUGAUCUGAUCUGAAAUCAAGAAUCUGAUGUUUGACCAUCCAGUAGCAUUUUUUUAUUAUUGAAGUGUAGUUGACAUACAAUGUUAUAUUAGUUUCAGAUGGACAAUAUAGUGAUUCAACAAUUCCGUUCAGCACCAAUGCUCACCAUGAGAUGUGUCGUCACCAUCUCUCACCAUACAACAUUAUUACAGUAUUAUUUAUUAUAUUUCUUAUGAAAUAAGUACUUCUCAUGCUUAUGACUUAUUUUAUAAGUGGAAGUUUGUUCUUCUUCCAGUAGUAUUUUUUAAGCUACUUAAGAAAAUAAACGUUUAGAUACUUAAGAUAAUAGAAUAAAUGAUAAUACCCUCACUUUUUUUUCAUCUGGAGUAUUAUAGGGUAUAAAUGAGUUAUAUGUGGGGUCUGGAAUCAGAGUGCCUGGAUAUAUAUUCUGAUCCCAAUUCUUAAUUGUUGGGCAAGUUCCCCUACCAUGCUUUCUUCAUUCCUUCAGCCAGAAAGGGGUGAUAAUAAUCAUUCUUGUUUAGAGGACUGAGAAUAUCUGGCACAUCACAAACAUGAUAAAUAUUUCCCAUUACUCUUAUAAUCAGUAACUUAGCCAUCAUCUUAAAAAACUGAUAUAUGGACACAUUUCUCAGAAAGGAACAUAGCAUUAAUUAUUCAGAAAUGAUAGCUGAAAUAUAACUCACUUUAAUGUAUUAUAGUUAUCCUGGGGAGAAAUAUA